GUGACUCGUCUGUGGUCCUGUGAACGUUUGCUCUGAACACCGGGGUGGAGUUUUACAAGUAGAGAAAUACCCAAGAGGUCUCCUGACAAUGAGGCCACAAAGAAGCAGACCCGCUUCAAGGUCAAAGACCAGCUUCCCUCAGCACCCUAAAUGAUAUGGUUUCAAUGGAAUGAAGAUAUGUGGAAAUAUACUUUUUUAUUGAUAGAAUAAUCCAGAGUGUAUUUAACCUCCGGGCCUUGGGUCACGAUGCACAGAUGUUAAGAUUAUUGUUCCCCCACGUGGAAUAAGGGGUAGACGUUUUUCAGCGUUUGUGUAGGACAAACAGCACCCUGUUAAGAGGGUUUCAACUCAUCUAAAUCCUCCAUGUAUUUACCAAGCUGCACCUAUCCGCCAAAUUCCGACCUGGGCCCCAUCGCCCCGCCGUUUUUAACGGAGAACGGCGCCGCUCUGCCGGACCGCAGCGCCGCUUCGGCGGGACGGUUCUCGGACUACCGGGGCUGCUGUCACCCGGAGCCGCGGCAGCGGUAUCCUCCUCCGUGGGAAUGGAGUCUCCACCCGGCGGGCCGCCCCAUCACCUCGCCGCCGCCGCCGGCGCGCGUCAGUUUUCCGGGCGACGCCGUUCACCACGAGCACCGCGAGUCACGGUGCUCUGCCGACACGACGCCCGACACCGGCCAGGACUACGUGUACGGCGGGGUGGUCUACGGCCCCUCCGGUCCGGGUUAUCACGCACCGGCGUUUGCCGGAGGCCCGCGGAUUUCCCCCGGCGGUUACCCGGCGUUCAACCGCGGCCCAGAGCUCCGUUUCCCGGCGGGACUCAACGGGGUCCUGCCGCCGGUUUUCGACCGUUUUUUCGAGCGCGCCGAUGAGAGAGUGAAGGCGAGAGCGAGCACAGCCGGGAGCCAACGGCAGACAGAGGCGAAUCGGGCCCAGCGGGCGAGCUGUCAGCCCGGGGAGAGCAGCAAGGUGAGGGCGGGGCCGCAGUCGCCCCGGGCCGGGAAGGAGGACGAGGAGGACGCGCCGUCAUCCAGCGGCAGUGGAGGAGACUCUUCCCCGGCAGAACGCCGUGCGAGGAGGAAGAAGCGAUGUCCUUACUCCAAGCAGCAGAUCAGAGAGCUGGAGCGAGAGUUUCUAUUCAACAUCUACAUCAACAAAGGCAGACGCUUGCAGCUGUCCAGCCGUGUGUGCCUGACUGAGCGACAGGUGAAAAUAUGGUUCCAGAACAGAAGAAUUAAAGAGAAGAAGCUGAAAAGUGAGAGUUUGCUGUAUCACACAAGAUAUCGCAUGUUCUGAUGAGGGAGAAAGAACGGCGCACAAACUGCUUCCUGUGAUGUAGAAGAAAAGGAAUUAAGUCUACAAUUACAAACAGUAAUGUUGAAAAUGUUGAAUAUGCCUUUGUUUUCCUGACCGUGUGCUUAUAAUCUAUUUCCACGCUCCACAACAGAAAUCUGAUCAUUGGAUUAAUCUGGAUCAAAAAACAGUUUUUUAUUUUGUUGAUAUUUCACAGUCAAACGUUCUUUUUGAAAGAUUUUCUCUUUGAAUCAGAAAUAUCCUCAGCAGCAAUGCGACAAAAAUCCAUUUUUGAGAAGAAACUCAUUUUGAGCAGAAGUAGUCCGACAUGUUGAAGACACUUCAGGUGAAGAAAGUCCAAUAAUUAGAGAUAUGAAACUUCAGUUCAUUACAUUAGGGUGAUUAUUUAUUGUACUACAUGUUUUCUGACAAAUACACACAUAUAUAUAUAUAUAUAUCUAUCUAUCUACGGUGGCAAAGUAAAUGUUUAUUUUGGAUGUAUGGAAAUAGUCCCAGACCUCAAAAUGAACUGGUGUAUUAUAAAAAGUAGUGCAGCGCCUCAAUUGAGCCAUGUAGAAAAGUUACAAAUACGUAGAUUAUUCAAGUUCAGUUUUCAAGACCACCAAUGAAUCUUCUUUUGUGAAUUAAGAAGAAAACCCUGAGCACCCCCCCCCCCCUCCCCCCACCCGGCCUCCUUUCAUCCGGCCUUCUCUCUGAAGUCACACUUCUAAGGAAUGAAGCGUCUCUCUGCCUCGGAGCCUAAAGGCACCGCAGACCAACACUCGUCAUGUAGAAGAAGCAAAGCGCACACGGAGCUCGUCUGUGCGUCCCGUCAUUUCACAUUUCAGUGCUUCGUGUUUUAAUGUCGACCUGCACUGCUGACAAUCUGACGACGCGUCUCUUCUUCUGUCUGGAUCGAUUUUUCAAUAACAAAUACUCUUUGUGUUCAUGUAAGAUUUGUGAUUAAAAAGGUCAUUAAUGACCACACGUAUACCACGUUUAAAUUGAGUUUAACGUUUUAUUUUAGUCAAGCAAAGACAAUACGUCAUUAUUCUGUUACCUGCUUCUCAUGUUUAUGUGGGUAUUUAUAGUCUAAAUACCAAUGAAACGGACUUAAUGAAUAAAGCAAUAUAAGUUGAGUUAUUUUACUUUUACUUUGAUGACUUAAAUGUGACAGUGACAAUAAACAAGCCGUCAUUUUAUUCCUUUC